AUGGCUUUGAUGCUCGAUGACUGGGAACCUCGACUCCGACGGCGGAAGCGCAAGUCUCGACGGCCGGUUAGCCACAAGUGGCUGAAAGAGCCGGUGCCAGACCCCGAUCUAGUUGCAGAGACGGAGAAGGCGCUGAAAGUAGUUGCAGAUGCAAGCUUGGAGGAGUGCUUGGAGGAGCUCAUAAGCACGCGGCAAGAUGAUGCUCACGUCGCAGGAUCCACGCAGAGGAAACGCGACAAGCAAUGGAGCUCCCUCCUAAGCCGAGCACGUGGACAGGUUCUGAGUUCGGUCGAGAAAGAGUUCGGUCCAUCCGGCAAGCUGCAGCCCCUACACCCCAGCUCUGAAGUGAAGGACGGGUUCUUCACAGCUCGCAGGACCUUCGAAUGUACUACGACAUUCGUAUACCAUGGAACCAAAGCUGCGAACAUCGAUUCCAUCUCUCGAGUUGGUCUGCUCAUGCCUGGAAAGAACGGACACAAAGUUGCUAACGGAUCGGCGCACGGCGUGGGGAUCUACACAGCCCAGCUGGGCAAGGCAACUUUGUCCAAGGGCUUCUGCGAUUCGAACAAAAUGUUCGUAUGUGCCGUCUGCGACACCAGUCAACCUGUCACAGAGGAGGAGACAGCCUCCAAGCUGGACACCAAGUGGAAGCCUUCAGCCACUGUCGUGCAGUCGCAGUUCCCCAACACUACGACAGCCGUCAACAUCCAUCCAUCAGCUCGGCGACUGGGAAGACACAACGUCCAGCGCACGUCCGACCAAGUCAUCCACGUGGGUGAUGCUGUGGUGACUUUUGAACAAGGUUGCGUUGUUCCUUUGUUCCUGCUCUCGUGGUCACCAGAGUCCCAGACCGAGACUGAGCCGUCCACACAGACACAGCCAACGCCGUUUGUGCCAGACGAAAGGCUGGUGCUCAAACACCACUGCUGGAAUGUUCGCGAGCAGCCUUGGGCAUUGCCUCAGCAAGUGGGCCGGAGACGCCUUGCCGUGCCAGAGACGGAUGCUGAUCGGCUGAUCAAGUUCGGAAACCUCUUUGACGAUGACAAGAACGCGCGACAAGGUCGAACGGUUUGGGUGGUUUCACAUCCUUUCGAAGGACGGACCAGAAGCGAAAUCCGGAUGAAGAGGAGAAGGAUACGGCGCCAAACCGACAUCCGCCGAAGACGAGCAAAGCAAUGGCACGACGAGAACGACGACGAGCGCGGCUAUGACACGCCGCUGGAGGACUACGAGCCCGGCUAUGGCACGCCGUUGGACGCCUAA